AUGAUCUGCAAGAGAAUCAGCGACGGCUCGGUGGCGGUCACCGCCGAGGAGCCAGAUGACCUGCUGACGUUAAGAAGGGUAAUCGACAGGGACGACCGGGUGGUCUCAGACACCACCAGGGUGAUAAAGCUCGACAGGGAGUACGCCCGCCCCGACAGCGGCCAGAGGGUCAGGAUAAGGAUAGCCUUGGACGUGGAGCGGGUCGGCCUGGACUACCGGCUGGACAGGCUCCGCAUCCAGGGGGUGAUUGCAGAAUCAAACAAUGAGGCCGUGCCCCGAAGGUCGCACCACUCCCUUGUGAUAAAGCCAAACGACAGCUUCACGCUGACCAAGAGGACGUGGUCCGGCCUGCACCGGUCCCUGCUCAAGUCCAGCCAGGGCGGCGCGGGGUUCGUGCUGGUUGCAAUAGACACGGGCGACUGCGGAAUAGGAAGGCUGAAGGGAACCCAUCUGCACACCAUACCAAACAUCUACUCCGGCUACAGCGGAAAGAGGUACAAGAGCUCGUUUAAGAUCGAGGGGUUCUUUGACGAGGUCAGGGUGGCGCUAGCAAGCAUGGUAAAAAAGAACGAUGUCGUGAUAAUAUUCGGCCCGGGGCAGACAAAGAACAGGCUGGCAAACCACCUCCAGGCAUCCCGGCUUGGAAAGGGCCACCGGAUUCUGGUCACCGAGGGUGUGGACUCCAGCGGCGAGGACGGGCUCUACACCUUCACAAAGUCCGACUCGAUGAGGGAGGCAAUAUCGGAGAGCAAGCUGGCGCGCGUCUCAUCGAUCAUAGACGAGAUCAUGACGCUGGCAAGCAAGAAGAGCGCCAGGUUUGCCAUGGGGAUCGAGGAGACCAAGAGGGCCGGCCGCCUUGGGGCCGUAGACUCCCUGGUAUUCUCCGAAAAGCUCCUGCAGGAGACAGACGAGGACGCGGCCAUCGGCCUCAUCAACGAGGUUCAGGCCCAAGGGGCCAAGACAUACAGCGUGGACUCAAGCACCGACGCGGGGCUGAGGGUAGACGGCCUGGGGGGCGUGGUGGCGCUCCUGAGGUUCUCCGUAUCUUAG